AUGAGAGAAGCCUCCCACAAGGAUGGUAAAAUAUCAAAACAUCCGGGCGUUCCCUGGGUAACGUCCUUGCAGACGGCCAAUUCUCUUACUCCAGAAGCAACUCCGGUUGCUCCUGACAUGAAAAAAACUUGUUUGAAACCACAGGCCGCGUCGCCGCCUAUCGGCCUUGGCGAGGAAGCAGGGAGCUGCGGCCAAACCCUGAGCGAAAGCAACCAUGGCAACGGCGGUCCAAUGACGACGCCCCGCUCGGUCACGUGGUCCUCUCCGGCCGCGCUGCGGAGCGGGCUCCUUCCCGCCUUGCUGGCCUUUCACCCCAAGAUGGCGGCGCCCGUGGGUCCGAUGAAGUUUUGGAAACCAGGUACAGAUGGGCCUGGUGUCAACCUAUCAGAGGAAAGGCAGAGUCCUGCUGAAAGUGGUUGUGUUUCAGUAAUCUAUAACCCCUAUGUUUCCCUUUCUAUUGAACAACAGAGGCAAAAGCUACCAGUUUUUAAGCUGAGAAAUCACAUCCUUUAUCUGGUAGAGAACUAUCAGACACUGGUCAUUGUUGGAGAAACAGGAUGUGGGAAAAGCACUCAAAUUCCUCAAUAUCUAAUGGAAGCUGGCUGGACUGCUGAAGGUCGAAUUGUGGGAGUAACACAGCCUCGCAGAGUUGCAUGUGUUUCAAUUGCAGGCCGAGUAGCUGAAGAAAGGGGUGCCUUACUGGGCCAUGAAGUAGGAUAUUGCAUUCGAUUUGAUGAUUGUACUGACCCCCAGGCUACAAGAAUAAAGUUCCUGACUGAUGGAAUGCUGGUGAGGGAAAUGAUGGCUGACCCAUUAUUAACACGAUACAGUGUAAUCAUGUUGGAUGAAGCCCAUGAAAGAACCUUAUAUACAGACAUUGCCAUUGGUUUGCUAAAAAAGGUUCAAAAGAAACGAGGAGAUCUUCGUCUAAUUGUAGCAUCGGCUACACUCGAUGCAGAGAAAUUUAGGGAUUUCUUUAACCAAAAUGAGACCAGUGACCCAAGCAAAGAUACCAGCAUGAUCCUAACUGUGGAAGGACGAACAUUUCCAGUGGAUGUCUUCUACAUUCAGAGGCGCAGACUUCAGUGGAGGAGGGCUUCGGGAACCUUCCCCCGUCCCCUUCUGCACCGGCCAGCUGGAGCAGACUUCAGACGAGUGCUACGGGGACUCGGUGGAAUCUUCAUGCUUUUCCUCCCCUGGAAUCUUAGUCCUCCCCUUCCCCCUCCACAGAAGGGAUAUGGGCAAACCUGGCAGCACCUUCAUGCCCUCUCUCCUCCUCCACAAAAGGAGAUGGACAGUCCUGUUCCAGAUUAUGUGAAAUCAACUGUGGAAACUGUCAUGAAAAUUCAUCAGACAGAAGGUGAUGGGGAUAUUCUGGCAUUUUUAACAGGCCAGGAGGAAGUUGAAACUGUUGUUUCAAUGCUGAUAGAACAAGCACGGAUUCUUGCUCGCACAGGGAUGAAGAAACACCUACGUGUUCUUCCUAUGUAUGCUGGGCUGCCUGCUUCUGAACAGAUGAAGGUUUUUGAGCGAGUAUCUCAUAAUGUUAGAAAGGUCAUAGUGGCUACUAAUAUUGCAGAAACAUCUAUCACAAUCAAUGGCAUUUCAUUUGUGAUUGACUGUGGCUUUGUGAAGCUCCGUGCGUAUAACCCAAAAACAGCAAUUGAAUGCCUUGUGGUUGUACCAGUAUCAAAAGCCUCGGCUAAUCAGAGGGCGGGUCGUGCAGGCCGGAACCAUUCAGGAAAAUGCUACAGACUUUACACAGAAGAAGAUUUUGAGAAGUUGCCACAAUCCACCAUUCCUGAGAUGCAGCGCAGUAACCUAGCACCAGUCAUCUUGCAGCUCAAAGCUUUAGGAAUUGACAAUGUGCUGAGGUUCCCCUUCCUUUCACCUCCACCUGCUCAGUCAAUGGUACAAGCUUUGGAGCUACUCUAUGCAUUAGGAGGGCUUGAUAAAUAUUGUCGUCUUACUGAACCUCUUGGAAUUAGGAUAGCAGAGUUUCCUUUGAAUCCUAUGUUUGCUAAGAUGCUUCUGGAAUCAGGGAAUUUUGGUUGCUCCCAAGAGAUCCUGAGCAUUGCGGCCAUGAUGCAAAUCCAGAAUAUCUUUAUAAUUCCUCCAAACCAGAAGUCACAAGCUAUCAGAGAACAUAGAAAAUUUGCUGUUGAAGAGGGUGACCAUCUGACUAUGCUUAAUGUCUAUGAAGCUUUUAUCAAACACAACAAAAGUUCUCAGUGGUGUCAGGAUCAUUUUUUGAACUACAAAGGCCUUGUCAGGGCCACAGCUGUGAGAGAACAGCUGAAAAAACUCCUUGUCAAGUUCAAAGUACCAAAAAAAUCCUGUGAAGGUGAUCCAGAUCCUGUUCUAAGAUGCAUAGUUUCUGGAUUCUUUGCUAAUGCAGCCAGAUUUCAUUCCACAGGAGCCUACAGGACUAUCCGUGAUGACCAUGAACUUCAUAUCCACCCCACCUCAGUGCUAUAUGCAGAGAAGCCCCCUCGUUGGGUAGUCUACAAUGAAGUCAUACAGACCUCAAAAUAUUACAUGCGGGACGUGACAACUAUUGAGUCUGCUUGGCUGUUGGAACUGGCUCCUCACUUCUAUCAGCAAGGAACGGUACGAGCUCAGCAUAGACGCCAAAUGGUACCAUUGCCGUACGGGCAGCUCUUGGUAUUCUGUGCUUUCUUUGCAUUUGUUUUGCAUUACAGCACCUGUCCCUGAAAGCCAAAAGAACUAAAGUCGAUGACCACUGACUCACCUUUGUCGUUGAAGCUCGUGGUGUGAUGCUGAACUUUCCGCCAAUUUGAAACUCUGCUACUGUCCAUCCAACUGUUAGUUGAUUAGCAAUCUGACCCCAUAUCAACUAUAAAUUUUGAAAUGCCUGCCUGCCAGGUUCCUGUAGGAAUUUAUGCAUGAUCAAUACAUUGUAACUGAAGUAGAGCUUGCAUUGUGGACAUUUUAUCCAGCAGUCUUAAUCGUGCCGACCACUCCUGCUCACCAGGAUGUUUUGCUCCUUUUAAACUAAGUAGGAAAUUAUCAGUGCAAAAGGAGACUGACAAAACUGUGUGAGGUUUUGCAGUGUGUGGGUUACUGCCCUGCAUCCUUGGGGCGGAGAGGAGGAAGAAGGUAUAACGUCCUCAGAGUGACAAAGUUGAGCUCAGGAUCUUUUAGACCACUGUGAAAGCCAUUGGCCAUCCUGGACCUCCCUGCAAAUUGUAGGCAGAUUUGGGGCCACGAGCCUUGCAAUACUUUAAUGAUUGUAAUGAAAACCUUGAAACUGUGAUUGUGCCUCACUGCUGUGAUCCCCCCCAGUUUUACUUUGAAGCAAUAGAUUUCUAAUAUUUUAUCAACUUUCCUUUCAUUUUCUCUCUCCCUCUUUGCAAUGGUUCUGUUUUUCAAGACAGCCUCAUCACAUAAAUGCUAAAUUGUAUUAAUCCACAGCAAUUUUAAAAUCAUAAUAUGUAGGGGAAGGAUGUUCACAACCAGGAUUAAUGCAAGUCUAAGUGAUUUGCUUCUUGGUUCAGAAUAUUAAAAAAAAUAGGGAUAUUGGUCCAAUCUCAUAUAGAAAUAUCCAUAGAUCUUUCUUUUAAUUGAUUUUAUAUUGUGAAUUUUGGAGAUACCUGUGCUCUGUGGAUGGCCUUGUCAAAUCUUUAUUUGCCUAUGAUUUACAUAAGUCUAUUGACAGGCAAACAGAAGCAACUGUGUAGCAACAGAGGAAAGGGUGCCACCUUUAAAGAGAAGAGUAGGAGGGUUGUCUUAAGAGAUAUUAUCUUUUCUCCAGAUGUAGAGAGUUGCAGAUACCGUAGAGUGUCCUAGACUAGCAGCUGAACAAUGGGGUUGUUCUUGCUGUAAAUUAAUUUGGUCUUCCACUUUGUAAACCUUUUUGCUCUUAUAUCUGACUGGAUCAGUUUUUAUCCUGUUGCUAGUGCAAUACAAGAUGCUUGUCUGUGAAGGCACCUGAUUAAGAAUAAUUUCAAGGAUAUUCAGUUCUCUUCAGGUAAGGUAUAGAACUGGCCCAUUUUCCGAAAUGUAGCAUGAGUUUUAAGCUCGUGAAAACUAUCAGAUGGUGCUGCAUUUAGCCAAGUUUAACAGGUGCCAAGAUGUGCUUCCUGCCCUCUCAACACUUUAUUGAAACACAAUAAUCUUCACAGCAGUUCACAGACUGCCUUCCUUGAAGGUAUAAUGAUCAGUUCAGCAGACACUGGUUAAACUGAGCAUUGGCUGCCUUCCUACAUAAACUCCUGUUAGUGCACCAGAAGUACAAUUUUGGAAAAAUAUAUAUUUAUUUGCAUUUUUUAUUUUUUUAAUGUUUGGAUUUGUGUUUGUUUUUAGAAAAUUUAUUUUGUUGUUGUUUUCUUCCUCCUGUUUAAAAUGUCUAUAAAUGAUCAAGUUUUUUUUUUAAACAGAAUGAGGGUUUUCCAUGUCCUGGAUGUGCAUUAUAAGUCAACUUUUCAAAUGUUUUUUUCUCUGUUUUCUAUAAAUCUUCAGAGAAGCUUGUUUUGUCAAUCUGUGGUCCAUUCAGUAUCUCUGUGCUGUAUAUAUCACCAGCUUCACAAAACGCCAUUCCAUCAUUUGGAUUUCUAAUGCAGAUGUUCCUCCCUCUCCUUCUCCCUCCCUCCCUCCCUCCCUCCCUUUCUCUCUCUUUCUCUCCCUCCCCCCUCCACUUCCCCUUCCCUCCACAAUGGUAUGUGAGCUCUGUUGAGCUGAGGUUGUCUUUUAAUCUUGUGGGAUAUGUGGUGUUCAGAAUAUUGUUGGUGCUCCAUAAUGAGUGUUUCACUUAAUUCUAAAGGUCUUUUCCCUUUAAAAGAGCUUUCAAAGUCCUGGAUACAAAGUGUGUAAACUUCCAUGUUGUUUUGUUCUCUGUUAACACACUCUAGGGGGAAAAUAAAGUUGUGGAAUUAAGUAA